CAACAGUAUUGCCCAAUAAACCACAUCUCUAAGUAUUGUAGCUACACGUUUCUUGAACACCAUCCUUGUUAUGUUGGUUUCUGUGUGUUUCUGUGGGUCUGGUAGACUCCUACAGGGUGUCACAGAUUUUAGGACUCAGCCAAAAGAUGAGCUUGGAAAGGAGAAGACUGCAUCAAAGCAUCCUGCCCUACGGUCUCUUGGGUGCCCUCUGCAGCUCCGUCUUCAUUAAUAAAUGCCAAAUGUGUUUGCACCAAGCAACAAUCGCCCUUAGCAGCAUUUUGUACUUUUAUCAAACCUAACCCAAGGUUUAUCUCGUCCUCUAAUCCCCCAGCAGCUGGUGAGUUACUCACUGCUCCGUGUGCUUGUCAGGAGAGCAAACACUCCUGAUACGAGUGGGUGAAAUGUUAGUUCAGACUCAUUGGCAAGGAAUUAAAAGUGGUGGUACUACUGCUAUUGGGUUAAACACAGCUGUGAUGGGUACAGAGCAGCCUGUACCCUCCUGGCACUCAUUUUCCAACCUGUUCCAAAACCCUGUCCUCCAACCAGUGAUAAAAUGCUGCUGGGAAAAUCUUGCUAGUGGGAGGACUAGGGCUGCAGAGCUCUUGGAUUCUGCUGAGCUGCAGGGACUCUUGCUGAAGUUGCAGACCCUUGAAGCUUCAAUCCAAACAUCUAUGUUUUGAGGUUACCUGGCCCUUCUUCUGAAGGCAUAUGGCUGGAAGACUACAUCCACUUUUGGGGUCUGCAGUAUCAACAGGACCCUGAGCAAGUCUGGUGGAGGCCACCAGGAAGGACAGGAGGACGUCUUAUGAUGGGACACCGAAAUGGGUUGAUCUGGCCUGGAAAUGAGAUGGACCCAAUAGCAGCCCUCCUAUUCUUAUGAGGAUAUUAUUGUGAAAACAGGACCAGAAACACUGAGAGAGACAAUGGGAUCAUCUGAAACAAGAGAUUCAGGCUGGACACGUGAAAAUCUUCCACCAGGAGGCCAACCCAGCAACAGACCACACUGUGGGGUCUCCAUCGUUGGAAGACUCCAAAACACAACGUGGAAGGACCUGGGCUUCCCCCAGCGCUGAGUCCUCAACAGGCUGUGAGGUCUCUACACUUGGAAGACUCCAAAACCCAACGUGGAAGGACUUGGGCUGCCCUCAGUGCUGAGUCAUUUGGGAGGUGGGAUACAGCCCUCCAGAUAUCCCAUCUCAUCUCAGCUACACCACGAUCCACCUCAACGAAGACCUCAAUCCUGGCACCACAGCUGGGACCAGCUCACAAUCAUCAUCACAAACACAAAUAGGGUAUCCUAGCUAGGAACCCUGUGAUUUGGUGUUAUGAAGCCAUAAAAGACCCCCAACUGUGGCACCAUCCCCUGUCCCACCCUGCUCCCACGGAAGCACGUCCUCACCGUCCGUCUGUGGCAGCACUGGACUUGGAGGAAGAUGUUAUCAGAUCCUUCCCGACUUGGCUGCUCUUUUAUUGACUUCUCCAAAUAAAACAAACAUUUGGGCUCCCGGAAGCCAUUUCUGGCUUAUCUGCUUGUGGCUAGUGGCCCUGCAGGGACGACAGAGGUGGCCUUGGUGGGGGACUAUAUAGGUGCCCAUAUAUGCAUUUGGGGCCCAAGGCUUACCAGCACCUGGUCAACAUGAAGGUCCUCCUGGUCUUCACUGCCCUCCUGGUGGGCACCUUCAGCGAGCAGCUUUUUGUGGGGGACCAAGUCCUCCGUGCUGUGGCCAGCAAUGAGGAGCAGAUUGCCCUUCUCAGGGAACUGGGUGAGCAGGUGGACCUGCAGGUUGAUUUCUGGCGCGACCCCACCAAACCUGGGCGUCCGGCUGACCUGCGGGUGCCCUUCUCCAGGCUGCAAGCAGUCAAAGUCUUCCUGGAAUCCCAUGGCAUUUCCUACAGCGUCAUGAUCGAGGAUGUGCAGCACUUACUGGAUGAGGAAAAGAGAACCAUGAUGCUGUCCAGGCGGAUGGAGAGAAGUGCCAACAAGUUCAAUUUCGCAUCCUAUCACACUCUAGAAGAGAUCUAUGACUGGAUGGACACCCUUGUGGCAGAUCACCCCAACCUCGUUAGCAAGAUCCAGAUUGGUGAAAGCUAUGAGAAAAGACCCCUCUAUGUGCUGAAGUUCAGCACUGGGGGAUCAAAUCGGCCAGCAGUCUGGCUGGACACUGGCAUCCACUCACGUGAAUGGGUCACCCAAGCUACCGGCGUGUGGACAGCCAACAAGCUUGCUGAAGAUUAUGGCCAUGACCCCACUGUCACCUCCCUUCUGGACACCAUGGACAUCUUCUUUGAGAUUGUUACCAACCCCGAUGGCUUCGCCUUCACCCAUAGCUCUAACCGCCUGUGGAGAAAAACGAGGUCUAUCAAUGCUGGCUCAUCCUGCAUUGGUGUGGACCCCAACCGAAAUUGGGACGCGGGCUUUGGAGAUGCUGGUUCCAGCAGCAACCCCUGCUCUGAAACCUACCACGGUCCCUAUGCCCACUCUGAAAGCGAAGUGAAAUCUAUUGUGGACUUCAUCCAAAGCCACGGGAAUGUGAAAGGACUCGUCUCCAUUCACAGCUACUCCCAGAUGUUGAUGUUCCCCUAUGGCUACAAGAGGACACCUGCACCUGAUCAUGAGGAACUGAACGAGUUGGCUAAAAAGGCAGUGAACGACCUGGCAGCGGUGUACGGGACAGAAUACACCUACGGCAGCAUUGCAGACACCAUCUACCUGGCAGCUGGCACCACCGUUGACUGGGCUUAUGAGAACGGGGUGAAAUAUUCCUAUACCUUUGAGCUGAGGGAUACAGGGCGCUAUGGUUUCCUCUUGCCCAGCAGUCAGAUCAUCCCCACUGCCACCGAGACAUGGCCGGCACUGCUGGACAUCUUGGUCCACAUCCAGCAGCACCCAUACUGAGCCCACUGGUGUAAAGAGGGAGAUGAACCCUACUGGUCCUACCCCAACAUACAACUCAAUAAAAAAAUCCCAUACAUUUUAUGUGGUUU